UCGAAAUCGACUACACGCUGGCGAAUGGCACGCUGCUGACUGGGCAGUGGCAGUUCUUCCAGGAUGGGCUGACCUUGCUGGAUAAUUCGGCGAGUGGGUGUAGCAAGGACUUGCAGGUUGUCGGGCAGUAUACGACGGACUAGAAUAUUGCGGUUGGGUUGAUGGCUUUUGGGAGCGGAGUUUUGGGGUUAGCCGGGCCGCAUAUUGAGGCGGAUGCUUCCUCUUAGACGGAAGACUCUUUCCCCAAUCCCAACAACCCUACCGAUCCGACGGACGGCUACCUCAUCGGGUUAGAUUUCCUCAAGCAACUCAUGACUGCCACUCCGAACACGAUCGCGCAGAACGCAGCCGCGGGAUGCGAAUCUGAUGUCGGAGGAGUUGUCACUGGUGUCGCCGCUGGCGAAACACCUUCACAAACCCCUUCCUCGGCCCCUGGAAACACAGCCCACGAGGACGUGUUGAACAUCAAUGAAAUCAUCAUUACGAUCGAUGAUGAUGAAUACGAUGGCGAUUACGACUGCGAAUAUCAGAAGAAAUACGGGCCCAAGCAUUAUCAUUGGGAUGACGACUCCGAGAUGCCCAUAGACAAAGGUAUUUUUCCUCGUGGUAGAAGACUAGAGAAGCGUGAAGCGUGUGCCGAAGGAGGAUGCGGCCACAAACACCACUCGAAAUGGAUCUGGCACCACAAGGCGACUUCGACAUCAACUUCAACCACAUCUUGGUCUUCAUCCUCAUCUUCAUCUUCAUCUGCGCCCGUUGACUUUCCGCUCUAUACUUGGAGCUUUCCCGGAAAACGAGCCAUUGCAGUCGCUACGCCGGCUCCUAAAGUUGCUCGCGGCGAAGGAUUCGAGGAACGCGAGCCAUGCCCGAAGGAUGGAUGCGGGCAUCAGCAUCAUUCGAAGUGGAUUUGGCAUCACAAGUCUUCUGUAACGACUUCGACGACCUCGCCCUCGAGCUCGUCUUCGUCUUCUUUUUCUUCGUCUUCGAUUGACUUCCCGCCUUAUACGUGGAGCUUUGCUGCGAGAGGAUCGGCUGCUACGCCAGCUCCUGGGAUGAUGUAUUAGUUGGAGGAUGAGUUACGGCAUCCGCAGUCUUUUGAGAAUUUAGCACAGGAAUAGAAAUAGAAGUAGGAAUUUGAUCUGCU